AUGGAUGAGUGUUCUAUUUUGUUGGGAAUACCAUGGCAAUGGGCUAGGCAAGUUAACCAUGCUGGAAAAAGUAACAUAUACUCAGUUAUGGUUGGCAAAAGGCGUUAUAGGUUGAAACCACUUCCCCCUAAGGUGGCGCCAACUAAGAACUUAAAUAAGCCAAGUCUUUUCUUGACAAGGGCUGAGUUUGAAAGGGAGAUUCGAGAAGGCGUUGGAUAUGUGUUGUACAUAAGGGAGGCUUCCACACCUAAAGAUCCUCCACAAGAUCCUACCUUAACUAACCUUCUCAAAGAGUAUGAAGAUGUGUUUCCGGAUGAUCUUCCACCGGGACUUCCACCUAUUAGAGGCAUUGAGCAUGCCAUUGAUUUGGUUCCAGAAGCUACCCUACCAAAUAAGGCUGCAUAUAGGUGCAAGCCUAAAGAAUCUAAGGAGCUACAAAGGCAAGUCCAAUAG